AUGAAGUCACAGUCGAGUCUAGAGGUGCCGAAGCAGGUGAGGUCCGCCUCCUUCGACGAGAUACAGCUCGAGGCGAAGCGGCAGGACGGGGCGCGGGCGAGAGAACAGAGCCCCGCCGAUCGGGCCGCGGCGGCUUCGUGCAACCCCCAGCAACCCUCGUUCCGGUCGGCAUCAUCCGCCUUCACCUCCGCCGCCAGCAGCUCCGCCGCGAUCGCCGCCCCGAGCCGUUACUCCCACCACGAGUCGGCCGUCAGGAGACUGACGACCCUCCGCGUACCCCAGCUGCGGAGCAACCAGCGUUCGAAGAGCUUCGAUGCUUGCGGCAUCGACAAGAGAAGCACGGGGAAUCCUUCGCCGCCGCCGAUUCUCCAGGCAUCCGGAUGCUACCACUGCGCCUGCGUCGAGGAGUACGAGCGGCGGCAGGCCAGGAAGAACGAGGCCGCGGAAUCACCCUCCGCGAUAUUCGCAGCCAGGACUAUCCUCGACGCGAGGGUCGGGAGCACCGAGGAUGGUGAGGACGAGGAGGAGGACGACGAGAGGGAGGAAAACGAGGACGAGGACGACGAAGACGCCGAUGCCGACGACUUGCAGGACGCGGAAGAAGACGCGCUCAGGUACCGCGAACGAUCCUCGGGGAGUUCCUGUUCGCAGCAGGACUCCCAGGAGAGAACGGACCGUGAGAACAGCCCCGAGAUUCUGGUCACCCUGACGAGCACGGACUCCUCUUAUCCCUCGACGAGACGGAGAUCGGUCGCCUCGCCCAAACUCUCGAGACAGGAAGCGCUUACCUCGUUUCCCGCCGACCUCACCUCCACCCUUAGCAUCAAGGACCCCGAAGACGACGAGGGCGACGGCAGCUCCGAUCCAUCCGCGACCGACGUCGAGUCCGAGGAACGGACUGGACUGAGAGGCGGACGACUCGUCGUCAGGGACAUUUUCCUCACCGUUCCAGAGCUUAAGAGAGACCGUGCAGCCUCCGUCGACUCCUGCUUCAACGGCAGCAAGGCCUCCGAGAAGACCGGAGAGAACCAGCAGGGCCUCCUUGCCGUUCCUCAGCAGAGCUUGCGAUCGAAAAGCGUCGACAUCGUCCUUCCCACCGACGCUCAGACCAGAUACACCACCCUCCUACCAUCCAACGAGUCUCGUCAGUUGCGAGGAGGGAGAGAGGGAGCAGAUGGUGGGUCGAGUGCUGGCCAACAAAGAGAACCCCGAUCGACGCCAGACUGGGGACCGAGCGCGAUCAACGGGGAACAUCUCUGGGUCCCAACCGCUGCUUCCGGGGACUUUUGCUACGUCACUGACUGUUCCAAACACGGUCCGAGGCUAAAGUGCGCAGCGUGUCGAGUAGUGGCCCACGCCUGCUGCGCUACGGGACUCGGGUUUGCCUGCAAGCCUAGUUUCCGGGACGUUGGAGUGCGGCAGUACCGGGAGCAGACAUCGACGCACCAUCACUGGGUGCACAGAAGGUCGCAGAAGGGUAAAUGCGCCAACUGUGGUAAAUCGUUCCAGUCCAAGCUCAGUUUCAGUUCAAAGGAGAUAGUAGCGCUGAGCUGCAGCUGGUGCAAGACGGCUUACCACAACAAGGAGGCAUGCUUCAACGUCCAGAAGAUCGGCGAAAACUGCGACCUGGGCCGUCACGCUUCGGUGAUAGUUCCUCCCUCGUGGAUAGUAAAGCUUCCGCGUAAAGGGAGCUUCAAAAGCAGCCUCCGUAAGUCGCCCCAGAAGAAGAAGUCCGGCUCGGGUGGCGGCGGCUGUUUGGCCGGCACCGCCUCCACCCGAAAAAAGAAGGACAAGGACAAAGAUAAGGAGCAGACCAGACUCUGGGUCGUCAAGCCCAUACCGACGGCCAGCGUCAGGCCCGUCUUGGUGUUCAUCAACCCCAAAUCAGGCGGCAAUCAAGGCGCGAAACUCCUUCAGAAGUUUCAGUGGCUCCUCAAUCCGCGUCAGGUCUUUGACCUCACACAAGGCGGUCCGAAAAUGGGAUUGGAGCUCUUCAAAAAAGUCCCGAACCUCAGGGUUCUGGCUUGCGGUGGCGACGGUACCGUCGGCUGGGUCCUCUCCAUUCUCGAUCAAAUCGGGGCAUCGCCGCCGCCUGCGGUUGGCGUCCUUCCUCUCGGUACGGGAAACGACCUUGCUCGGGCCCUCGGCUGGGGCGGCGGAUACACCGACGAGCCCAUAGCCAAGAUACUCUCGAACAUCGGGGACAGCGACACUACGCUUCUAGAUCGAUGGCAACUGACCGUUGAGAGGAACACCGACGCUCCGAACGACGACGAGGCUGGUAAAGGGAAGGAGAACCUUCCCUUGAACGUGGUCAACAACUAUUUCUCCCUCGGCGUCGACGCUCACAUCGCCCUAGAAUUUCACGAGGCAAGAGAGGCCCACCCGGAAAAGUUCAACUCCCGGCUCAGGAACAAAAUGUUCUACGGACAAAUGGGCGGCAAGGAUCUUGUCCGCCGAAAGUGGAAGGACCUCUCGGAGUUUGUUACCCUGGAAUGCGACGGGCAGGACUUGACUCCAAAGCUGAAGGAGCACCGAGUCCACGCUAUAGUAUUUCUCAACAUCGGAUCCUACGGAGGAGGAACUCACCCCUGGGCUGCGGGGGGUGGUGGAAGCAGCGGGGGUGGCUCGGGAGUGACUGGCGAACCGGCUACCGAUGACGGGCUGAUCGAGGUCGUGGGGCUGACGACUUAUCAGCUUCCCUUGCUGCAGGCAGGCGGUCAUGGAACCUGCAUAGCCCAGUGCAGCAAGGCGAAGUUGGUAACGACGAGGACGAUCCCGAUGCAGGUGGAUGGUGAGGCGUGCCGCUUGCUACCGUCGACGAUCUCGCUAUCGCUGCUCAACCAAGCGACGAUGCUCGCGAAGCGAAGAAACACAGGAAAACCGCAGCAGAACGUCGGAGCGAAACUGGAGCGGCUAAAGCUGCCCGUUAUGAAGAUCAAAAUGUCCGAUUACGAGGCGUACCACUCGGACAAGGAGCGACUCAAACGGUCGGCUGUCUCUUGGCUGCCGGAUACCCUCGACUUGGACGCCACUCUGGACCUCGAAUCCCUGCGAGGAAUACUCGCGAAAGAUCUGCCGAUGGACGCCUGUUGCUUUUUGGACUCUUGCACGGCGGAGCGAUUUUUCAGGAUCGACAGAGCCCAAGAGCAGCUUCACUACGUCACCGACGUCGCGGCUGAUGCUCUUUACGUUUUGGAGGAGGGAGUCGCGGCGGUUCCGCACCCGGAUGCGGACAGCGUCGCUCAGCCGUCACCAAGCGACGAGGCGGCCAAGCCGGGGACCGGAACUGUGGCCGAGGAGAGGCGACUCUCACCGGGACGCGCGUCUCCCGUGCAGGACCAAUCGCGGUCGCCGCGAGAACCGGAACCGGAGCGACGAGCGUCGAGUCGAAGGGUGCCCGAGAUCGCGGUCGCCGGGACCGAGGAACCUGGCAAGCUUCCGGAUACAACGCCGUCCAACGGCGCCAAGCCUCCCGCCAACAAAUCCAACGACGCCUCGUCCGCGGCGUCCAGCCAAUCUCAUCAGCCUCUUGCUUUCGUCAGUUCGAGGGAUCGUUUGUUCGGACUGAGUGCGGAGGUGCACGAGCACAGUCAUACCUUUGGCGGUGGUCUCCUCGAGAAGACGUGCGACGGCAUACUGAGGGCGGCAAAAACCGGCGACCUGCCGGCUCUGAAGGAUCUCCACUCCAAGGGUUACUCGCUUCUCUCGAUCGACGUGAACGGACAGACUGCUUUGCACCACGCCGCGAGGCACGGCCACAAGGACAUAGUGAGGUACCUGAUCGCCUGCGCCCCUUCGACGAUCCUGAACAUGGCGGACAACGACAAGGGACAAACAGCCCUUCACAAGGCCGCCCAGCAGAAAAGGCGCUCGGUUUGCUGCAUGCUGGUGGCCGGAGGAGCGACUCUUACGGUUCGAGAUCGACACGGUCACACGGCACGGCAGUUGGCCCUCAAUGCAGAGGAUCGGGAGCUGGCAGCAUACCUGGAGAGUCAGGAGCAAUUUCACCUGGUGACAGUGGACAUGGAAAGCGUUCUUUGACCCACCGAGCUUUAUGGUCUGGCUUAAACGAGCCUGCAGCGAAUUUAAUCAGUUAUGUAUAGUUACAUUAUAAUAUUAUUAUAUAUUAUAUAGACUAUUCGCACGUUAAAAGGAAACGUGUGAUAAUAUUCGGUUAACGAUAUGAUAUAUGUACCCGUAAAACACAAGUAUAAGGGUAGGUAUAGUAACAAUAAUUCUGACGAUCUUUUUUUUUCUUUCGCUAAAAAAUAUAAAGAUUUUUCACCUUAUUCGAUCGCAUGUGAUAUAAAAGCACGCGUAAAAGCAUUUAAAAAAAGCAAAAACUGAAAAUUAAAGAAAAGAAAAAAAAAAAAACACCCACACGUUAACAAUUGUUCGAAAAAUUUAC